AUGACUACUAGGUCCAAAUCUGGAAUUUUCAAGCCAGGAGUUUUCUCAUUAGCCAUUUCUCUUUUUCUUCUCCCUAAAUCAGCUCUUGAAGCAUUACUCAUACCUAUUUGGAAAGCUGCUAUGCUAUCUGAGUUUUUGGCUCUCCUCAAGAAUAAAACAUGGAUCUUGACCACUCUUCCCCCCGGCAAGAAUCUGAUAGGAUGUACUUGGAUCUUUAAACUCAAAUUCCAUCUUUCUGGUGCUAUUGCUCGCCAUAAAGCUAGACUGGUGGCUCAAGGCUUUUCUCAACAGCCUGGUUUUGACUUCAAUGAGACCUUCAGUCCUGUUGUCAAACCAACCACCAUCAGAGUAAUAUUGAGUCUGGCAGUUAGUCUUGGAUGGAUCAUUACUCACCUAGAUGUGAAUAAUGCUUUCUUAAAUGGUGAUUUGAAGGAGGACAUAUACAUGUAG